GGCCGCGCGCUCCCGACGCCGCCGCUGUCACACACAUCCACGCCGCCUCACGUGCUCCUCUGUGCGGUAUAUAAGCGCCCCUCUCCCGGCCUCAUCAUGUCGAGCGCAUCCCCGGACAAACGGCGAAAAAUGGAGUCUGCGCUUAGCCAGCUCAAGCAGUACACCGUGGUUGUGGCGGAUACGGGCGACUUUAACGCUAUUGAGCAGUACAAGCCUCAGGAUGCCACCACAAAUCCUUCUCUCAUCCUGGCUGCUGCCAAGAUGCCAGCCUACCAGCAGCUGCUCGACCAAGCCAUCAAGUAUGGCAUUGCCAAAGGAGGGUCUGAGGAGGAGCAGAUCGCACACAUUAUGGAUAAGCUGUUUGUCAGUUUUGGUUUGGAGAUUCUCAAAAAGGUCCCAGGCAGGGUUUCAACAGAAGUGGACGCAAGAUUGUCUUUUGAUAAAGAUGAAAUGGUAGCCAAAGCCCUGAGGCUCAUAUCUUUGUAUGAAGAGGCAGGCAUAAGCAAAGAACGUGUCCUAAUCAAGCUGUCAUCAACAUGGGAAGGAAUCCAGGCUGGCAAAGAGCUGGAGGAGAAACAUGGCGUCCACUGUAACAUGACGCUCCUGUUCUCGUUUGCUCAGGCAGUGGCCUGUGCUGAGGCUAAGGUCACUCUCAUCUCUCCUUUUGUGGGCCGCAUCCUGGACUGGUACAAGGAGAACACCGAGCGUAAGAGCUACGAGCCUCACGAAGACCCAGGUGUGAUCAGUGUCACUAAAAUCUACAACUAUUACAAGAAGUUUGGCUACAGCACUGUGGUGAUGGGAGCCUCCUUCAGAAAUACAGGAGAGGUGAAGGCGCUGGCAGGCUGCGAUCUCCUCACCAUCUCCCCCUCUCUGUUAGCCGAACUCAGCCAGGACCACAGUGCCGUGACACAGAUGCUUCAUGUGGACAAAGCUAAGGCCGGUGACCUGGAGAAGAUUCACCUGGAUGAGAAGUCUUUCCGUUGGCAGCACAACGAGGACCGCAUGGCUGUGGAGAAACUAUCUGACGGCAUCCGCAAGUUUGCUGCAGACGCCAUCAAGCUGGAAACUAUGAUUAAAGAAAAAAUGCUCAACGUGAAGAAUGGACAGUAACUCCCCGGGUUCAGGGCAGCACUUGGCUUUGGCUUGACUAGUCUUAAUCCUUUAAACUUUCCCCUGGAUUUUCCAGUUGGACUAAACACACAAUCAUCACCUAAUGUUUUAUUGAGAUGUAAUAUUUUUCUGAAGACCAAAAAAUAAUGCUAAUUCUUUGGACCACAUUUUUUUCUGAUUUCAAUGAAUUGUAAUACGCCUAUCAUUCCUUUUGUUGCAUUUGCACCCAGUAAAAAUGACUGGUAAA